AUGGGAUCUCGAGUUUACGUCGGACGACUGUCUUACCGAGCGCACGAACGUGACAUUGAGCGGUUCUUCCGGGGCUACGGUCGUAUCACGGAAAUACUGCUCAAGAACGGUUAUGCUUUCGUAGAAUUCUCAGAUCGUCGAGAUGCGGAAGAUGCGGUCCAUGAUUUGAACGGUCGUUCGUUGCUGGGCGACAGGGUAAUAGUGCAGAAUGCUAAAAGUCGUCCACGUGGACGCGACAUGUAUCGGGAACGGAUGCGUGAACGAUCACGUUCACGAGAUCGAAGACGCAGUCGGAGCCGUGAUCGGAAACGAAGCCAUAGUCGUGAUCGAAAAAAAAGAAGACAUUCAUCAAGUGAAAGCGAAUCUCCUGAGGAUAACCGUCGCCGCUCAUCAUCGCGGUCACAGAGCCUAAGUCCGAAGAAAAAUUCUAAGAAAUCGGGUUCUGACAGAAAACGGAAGCGUGACAGAAGUUCAUCAAGUCGUUCACCCAGUCCAGAUGUAAAAAAAUCUAAGGAUAAACGUAAGGAACGAAAAUAUCGGAGCAGUUCGGAAAAGGAAGGAAGUGCAGAUCGUGGUGGAACAAAUACGUGUAGCAUCGUUGUUCGCGGUUUCGACAAUAAAGGCAAAUUUGAGAAGGUUCAAAGUUUGAUGGGAUAUGUUUUUAUGCGUCACCAUUGCCACCAGCGCAUCAUUAUCCGAGUGGUGCAUAAAUGUGAAUGUUGUGUUACAAACAUCUACCGUUCGUUCACGUUCAUCCAUACAAUCCAUCCAUUCAUUCAUUCAUUCGUUCGUUCGUUCGUUCGUUCGUAUGCUCACAGCGCACUCAAAUCAUCUGGUUCAUCCAACCAUAUCCAUAUCUUGCGUGUUGUCCAUGGCGAGACGUUCGUGCAUACAUCGAGUCAACAGACUACGCAACCGCCUCAUCACGUGAUAUGCUCUGUUCAGACGACUCGUUCCGCAACUGCAUCGCGCAGCCCCGUAUCAUCGCCCCGUUUAAAACAUAUUGCCAAGAAAUAUGGUGAUUUGACAGAUUUCGAGAUGCGCGAUGACAAUACUUGGUAUGUUUGA